AUCGAUCACGAGACAAUCGAGGCUAAGGUAUUCUUCAAGUCUGGUUCAAUUUUUUGUCGUCAGGAUCUUUAACAUGUUCACCCAAUCGCCACGGCUACUGCACGCUGCUGCGCUUAGAGAGACUUUAUUUUCCAUAAGUGCACGACUAGGAUACUGCGGCUACCCCUCCCUGUCACACCCUGGUCAUUGCAUGCGCUGGGCCCCUCGCGCUCACUCCCUGAGGAAAACGUCGAGAUUGCCAAGGGCUGACCUGACACGGCUAUCAUGCACACAUAGCAAUUUAGGGGCGACAGGUCAGAAGGAGGGCACAUUUGUCCACCCUUCUCGAGAAACAGAGGAUGAAACCUUGUCAAACAGCCCAGUUGGCCGGAUUGACAUCAUCCUUGGGCCGAUGUUUGCUGGGAAGACAAGCGAGCUGCUGAGACGAGUGGAGCAGCAUGAGGCAGCAGGGAGAAAGGUAGCAGUGGUCAAGUCUAGCGUUGACACCCGCUACCAUGCAACCCGGGUGGUCAGUCAUGACGGCAAUUCCAAGGUGUGCUUUGCUGCUUCAAGUUUGGGGGAGCUGCGUAGACAAUUGGGGGACAAGUAUCUGGAGUACAACGUGAUAGCCAUUGAUGAGGCCCAAUUCCUCCCAGACCUGCUGGAGUUCUGCACGGCAGCUGCCGACCUCGACCACAAGCACAUUGUCAUCGCUGGGCUCGAUGGUGACUUCAAGCGCCAGCGAUUUGGUCAGGUAUUGGACAUGGUGUCUGUGGCCGAUAGCGUGACAAAGUUGGCUGGGAAGUGCGCGUACUGCAGUGAGCAGGCAUUGUUCAGCCUCAGGAUUGCUGCCGAUGAGAGGCAGGCGCUUGUGGGGGGUGCUGAUAAAUAUGCGCCUGUCUGCCGGCAACACUACGUGUCUCUGAGCAAUGUGAGAACACCAGAACCCUGAAUGCAAACUGCUUGGAUGUGGUGUCUUCUGGGCAUGGGGGUGGACUGCUCUUUUCUUUUACGAGAGUUUGCGGGGAAUUGAUUGGACCAUGAUUUCUUCCGGUGGUCCUCAGUUCAAUUCAACCUGUGUAGAUGUAGAGGGGGAUGAUUUGUAGGGGAUAAUUGUACAUGUUUUAGUCACAAUGUCAUGAAUUGUGUAUGAAGAGGGCACUGCCAAGAGACAAAUGCAGCGCCAGGAGUCAUUUGAUAACUAUUACAAGGAUGUCCAUGUCACACAGAAGAUUUGUAAUGCUAGGACAUGCAAUC